AUGCUCAGUCGUCAAUGUAUCAAACCUAGGCACGGAGGGAGUAAUUCUGAGCAAACUGACCCACACAGCCGCGGCGGCUCAAGUCCUCCUUCACCUUCAUCCAGCUACACCUGCUAACAAUGGUGGGCUGGUCCACAAACUUGCUAUUUCGAUCUAGAAAACGAAGGAGACGAGGCACUUCAACAAAACAAAGGUGUAAUUACAUACAGCAAGAAAAUGCUCAAGAACAAAAAGAACAAGAAGAAGAAGAUGAUGAUGGAGGUUUUAAACUAAAAACCUCAGCUUGCGGGGUCCAACCAUUAGGGAAUCUCUAUUUCAGCUCAAGUGCACACAAUUCAAGAAACACAGGACUUGGUAAUCUUCAAACCCUGACUGAUGAGCUUGUUCUUGAUAUUUUAGGCCUUUUAGAUGCUACCCAUUUGGGCAAUUUAGCUGCCGUUAGUAAAUCUUUUUAUGUUUUUUGUACCCAUGAGCCUCUCUGGAGAAAUCUUGUGUUGGAAAAGUAUGGUGGGGAUUUUUUGUUUGAUGGGUCUUGGAGAUAUACUUAUGCUAAGGCUUAUAAGCCUUUGGCAGGGAGUUUGAAUGGUGGAGGGUCAUUGGGGUUGAAAGUUAAGGACUUUUAUUCCGAUUAUUUGUUUCAGAGUUGGCUUUGUGCAAAUCUUGAAAUGAGACCUGACUGGCUUGAGAGGGAUAAUAUAUUGAGGAGGAAAGGGAUUUCUGUUGAUGAGUUUGUGAGGGAUUUUGAGGAACCGAAUAAGCCGGUUCUGUUGGAAGGGUGUUUGGAUGGUUGGGCUGCAUUGGGGAAAUGGGACAGGGAAUAUUUGGUUGAGACGUGUGGUGAUGUAAGAUUUGCAGUUGGGCCGGUGGAAAUGAAGAUUGAUGAUUUUUUUAGGUAUUCUGAUCAAGCGAGGGAAGAAAGGCCGUUGUAUCUUUUUGACCCAAAGUUUGGUGAGAAAGUUCCGAUCUUGGAUUCGGAUUAUGAGGUUCCUGUGUACUUUAACGAGGAUUUGUUUAAUGUUUUGGGGAAGGAGAGACCUGAUUAUAGAUGGAUUAUCAUUGGGCCAGCUGGGUCUGGUUCAUCAUUCCACAUUGAUCCUAACUCGACAUCAGCUUGGAAUGCAGUAAUCAAGGGGUCUAAGAAAUGGGUACUGUUCCCUCCAGAUGUGGUGCCUCCGGGAGUUCAUCCAAGCCCGGAUGGUGCAGAGGUGGCAUGUCCUGUUUCAAUCAUUGAGUGGUUCAUGAACUUUUACAGUGCUACAAAGGAUUGGAAAAAGAAACCGAUUGAGUGUAUUUGUAAAGCCGGGGAGGUGAUUUUUGUCCCCAAUGGAUGGUGGCAUUUAGUGAUCAACCUUGAAGAUUCUGUUGCUAUCACCCAAAAUUUUGUCAGCAGGAGGAAUUUAUUGAAUGUUCUUGAUUUUUUGAAGAAGCCAAAUGCUAGCAGUCUUGUAUCUGGAACAAAAGACAGGGUUAAAUUAUAUGACAAGUUCAAGAACGCCAUUGAAGCAAUGUUUCCUGGAACUAUUGAUCAGUUGAUGCAGAAAGCUGAAGAAAGAAUGGCACAGCAUGAAAAACCGUCCUUUUGGGAUUCAGUGACAGAUACCAAGGCAGGUGCCUUUAAGUUUUCUUUCUAGAGAUACAGCAGCAAAGUCAAGCUCUUGCCACCAGGAGAAAUCCCCUCACAGAGGCGUCACCUGACUGAAAGUUAAGCGCACCAUCAAUAUUUUGUCUUCUCUUCCUUUUUGAUUAAUCAGUUUUUGCACCUGAUUGCUUUCAUUUAUGUUUUAACUUAUGUAUGAGAGAACUAGAACGGUAUUGACAUAGGCAUAUAAAAGUAAAGGCAUUAAUUUUAUAUAUUCAUGAAAAAGUGUAGUCUCGAUAACCUUUUUGUUCCA